AUGGAUGGAGUCAUCAAAUUUUACGAUUUGGCGCCACGUGCUAGUUCAACACAUUAUUUUUCUCCGAAUACCUGGAAGACUCGUAUGAGUCUUCUGCACAAGGGUGUGAAAUUUGAAACAAUAUCUGCAACUUUGCUUGACUUUCGAGGAGAUUUAGCCCGUCGCUCAAAUCAACGUCAUAUUUCUGCGCCAGCUAUCGAAUUACCUGAUGGAACAUUCAUCUAUGAUUCAUUUCGCAUUGCUGAAUGGUUAGAAAAUGCUUAUCCUAAUGCUCCAUCAUUGUUUACCGGUGAUGGUAAAUUAUCAUGUGACGCUUGGCCAGAACAUAUAAAUCUUGGUAAGAAUUACGCACGUAUGAUUGAUUUGGGUCUCGGUGCUUCUAAACCAGAAUGGGCCGUUUGGUUUGAUUUAUUUUUUCCCCAGCUUGAUAAAAUAAUUACAGGUGAGGAGCAUCGGGCUUAUUUCAUAUCUGAUGCACGACAUGGUCCACAAGGAUAUCAAAAAUUACUCUCACUCGAUUGUCAAGAACUGAUGCGUCGCGCUAAAAUGAACAUACAGCCUCUUGUACAGAUCUUACGUGAACGUCCAAACGAAUAUUUUCAAGAAACGCAUCCAGGUCAAGUAGAUUACGUUAUUUUCGGUCGUUACGCUUACUGUCGUAUGCUUGAUGCAAAACUCACAAGGGAAAUCUGGAAUGAUCAAGGAGAAGAAUUAAACACUUGGAUAAAGAAAUUAUCUCAAGCUUAUGAUGGACAUGCUCAGCAACUUUUUGACAGUGUUUAUGUUAUCAACUGA